AUGGCGGAGGAGUUAGAACUGAUUGAAAUUGGUUUCGAAGAAAGUCUAGAAGAAAUUAACAACUGGCUUCGAAAUGAAGGAUACGAGAAAUACAAAGAAGCCAGACACCUGUCAGAGGAAGAAUCGCGCGAGGACCCUGAAACAGACCCAUUUAAGUCGAAGUACAGCGCCAGGGUUAUCUUGUCAGAUUUGAAAGCUAGACUGGCGUCAUUUCAAGACGAUGACAUUGCAAGUGAAAAAGUAAAGAUCUUAACAGCUGCCCUUGAUUACCAGAUUGGACAAAACUACAUUGAAACUGAGGAGCUAAGCACGGGUGAGGAGCACAUUGAACGGUGUAUUAGAGCUCUCGAGGAACAUCGGUUGGAUAAAAGAUGUUGUUCCAUUUGCUUGCAUGCUUUGAACGAGCUCGGAAUUUUGUGGUCUAAAAGAGGUGAUUCUGAAAAAGCUUUGGGAUUCCUGCAGGAUGCAGAGAAGUUGUAUCAUAGUUAUACUAAGGAAGAAGAAUGCGGCUCACCUUACGAAAUCCAUGAACUUUUCCACCCAAAAGACAACUUCCAUUCAGAUCAUGAGAGAGAACGAGCAUUCAGUGCAACCUUCACACAUACACUGUAUUACUUAGCACAAGUCAAUGCAGCCUUGGGGCAUUCUGAAACAGGAGCCAUGUACUGCCAUACGACUCUACGUCGUCAACUGGAGACAGAACAGUAUGACCCAGUAGACUGGGCUGUCAACUGUGCCACAUUGUCGCAGUACUACAUUACACAAGGAAACUACAUACUUGCACGACAUUGCCUGGCAUGUUCCAGUCGUGUUUUCUCUGGAGCUGAAGAAACUAAUCCUGUUGAGGCUGUGUCUGAGGAUGACAGCCAGGAAGAACGUGAGAGAAAGGAAAGGAUUCCUCAAAGGAAGGCUGACAUAUCCCGCUGCUGGAGUAAAUAUUGUAUGGAUGUGUUGAGGGCAUCAAGGGAUAAAUGUGUUCAAGAAUUGACAAGCACUGAACAAAACGAUGAAGAUCAUGACACAGAGAAAGGUCAGAGGAGAAUUUUUAUGACGCUCAGGUCAAUGAUUUUAAGAUCACAGUGUUAGUCCUGUAAAAUGUCCUUGCCAUAUCCA